CUACUUGUAAACAAGGCUAGAAAGGGUGGAGAAUGAAAUGGGAUGGGGGUGGGGAAGCAAACCCUUUAGUUACAAUAUCUUAGGGAAAUGAAUCUACAAUAAGACAAAUUUCAAAUCAAGUUGUUCCACUAUACUACAUAAGCAGUUUAGAAUUUUAAGCAGAUGCAAAAAGAAUAAAGCAAAUGGGAGGGAAAAAAAGGCCGAUAAAGUUUCUGGCUACAAUACAAGAGACAUAUCAUUACCAUAUGAUCUAAUGUGGGUGUCAGCCGGAUUGUGUUCAUUGAGGGAAACCUUAUUUUUUAACUGUGCUAUGGAGUAGAAGCAGGAGGUUUUCAACCUAGUGACAGUCACAGAGCAGCACCUACCCCCUCCUCCUUUCCACACCUGCAAACUCUUUUACUUGAGCUGAAUAUUUAGUGUAAUUACAUCUCAGCUUUGAGGGCUCCUGUGGCAAAUUCCCGGAUUAAAAGGUUCCCUGGUUGUGAAAAUACAUGAGAUAAGUCAUGAAGGUCACUAUCAUCCUCCUUCUGCUUGCACAAGUUUCCUGGGCCGGACCGUUUCAACAGAGAGGCUUAUUUGACUUUAUGCUAGAAGAUGAGGCUUCUGGGAUAGGCCCAGAACUUCCUGAUGACCGCGACUAUGAGCCCCCUCUAGGCCCAGUGUGCCCCUUCCGCUGUCAAUGCCAUCUUCGAGUGGUCCAGUGUUCUGACUUGGGUCUGGACAAAGUGCCAAAGGAUCUUCCCCCUGACACAACUCUGCUAGACCUGCAAAACAACAAAAUAACCGAAAUCAAAGAUGGAGACUUUAAGAACCUGAAGAACCUUCACGCAUUGAUUCUUGUCAACAAUAAAAUCAGCAAAAUUAGCCCUGGAGCAUUUACACCUUUGGUGAAGUUGGAACGACUUUAUCUGUCCAAGAAUCAGCUGAAGGAAUUGCCAGAAAAAAUGCCCAAAACUCUUCAGGAGCUGCGUGCCCAUGAGAAUGAGAUCACCAAAGUGCGAAAAACUACUUUCAAUGGACUGAACCAGAUGAUUGUCAUAGAACUGGGCACCAAUCCGCUGAAGAGCUCAGGAAUUGAAAAUGGGGCUUUCCAGGGAAUGAAGAAGCUCUCCUACAUCCGCAUUGCUGAUACCAAUAUCACCAGCAUUCCUCAAGGUCUUCCUCCUUCCCUUACUGAAUUACAUCUUGAUGGCAACAAAAUCAGCAGAGUUGAUGCAGCUAGCCUGAAAGGACUGAAUAAUUUGGCUAAGUUGGGAUUGAGUUUCAACAGCAUCUCUGUGGUCGACAAUGGCUCUCUGGCCAACAUGCCUCAUCUGAGGGAGCUUCACUUGGACAACAACAAGCUUACCAGAGUACCUGGUGGGCUGGCAGAGCAUAAGUACAUCCAGGUUGUCUACCUUCAUAACAACAAUAUCUCUGUAGUUGGAUCAAGUGACUUCUGCCCACCUGGACACAAUACCAAAAAGGCUUCUUAUUCGGGUGUGAGUCUUUUCAGCAACCCGGUCCAGUACUGGGAGAUACAGCCAUCCACCUUCAGAUGUGUCUACGUGCGCUCUGCCAUUCAACUCGGAAACUACAAGUAAUUCUCAAGAAAGCCCUCAUUUUUAUAACCUGGCAAAAUCUUGUUAAUGUCAUUGCUAAAAAAUAAAUAAAAGCUAGAUACUGGAAACCUAACUGCAAUGUGGAUGUUUUACCCACAUGACUUAUUAUGCAUAAAGCCAAAUUUCCAGUUUAAGUAAUUGCCUACAAUAAAAAGAAAUUUUGCCUGCCAUUUUCAGAUCAUCUUUUGAAGCUUUCUGUUGAUGUUAACUGAGCUAUUAGAGAUAUUCUUAUUUCACUAAAUGUAAAAUUUGGAGUAAAUAUAUAUGUCAAUAUUUAGUAAAGCUUUUCUUUUUGAAUUUCCAGAAAAAAAUAAAAAGAGUAUGAGUCUUCUGUAAUUCAUUGAGCAGUUAGCUCCUUUGAGAUAAAGUCAAAUGCCAAACACUAGCUCUGUAUUAAUCCCCAUUAUUACUGGUAAGCCUCAUUUGAAUGUGUGAAUUCAAUACAGGCUAUGUAAAAUUUUUGGUAAUGUCAUUAUUUUGAAAAAAUAAAUUUAAAAAUACAUUCAAAAUUACUAUUGUAUACAAGCUUAAUUGUUAAUAUUCCCUAAACACAAUUUUAUGAAGAGAGAAGACAUUGCUUUGUUGACAAUAACAGUUUAUCUUUUCAAGUUCUCAGCUAUUUCUUCUACCUCUCUCUGUCUUACAUUUGAGUAUGGUAACUUAUGUCAUCUAUGUUCAAUGUAAGCUUAUAAAGCACAAAGCAUAAAUUUCCUGAUUGGUCUAGAGAACUGAUGUUUCAAUUUACUCCUCUGCUAAAUAAAUAUUAAAACUAUGAUGUGA